CGCCGCGCCGUGCCGGGAGCGCGCGUCGGACGCCGCCACACGGGGCCCCUCAGCGGCCGCCAGCGCUCCGGCUGACCCAGGUAAGGUUCCUUACGUUCGACGAUGCCACGCUAUGGAACCAUCGUUGUCAUUAAAAGGAAUGGGACUGAUGGAAUUGUUUUUCCUCUCACCUCAACUUCUUGUUUAUUUGGAAGGAAAUCGGAAUGCGACAUCCGCAUGCGGCUGCCCUGGGUGUCCAACGAGCACUGCAGGAUCCAGAUCAACGAGAACAAGGAGGCAGUCCUGACCAACCUGAGCUCGGUGAACCCCACGCAGCUGAACGGGGCUUGCUUUGAGCAGCCGGUGCUGCUGAAGCACGGAGAUGUGCUGACCAUCAUCGAUCGUUCCUUCAGGUUUGAAUAUCCUCUGCAAUCAACACCAAAAAGGAAGCGGUCCAGGUCUCCAAAAGAUGAAACUCUGCAGGUGGCAGAAGUGGAAUCAUUACCCAAACAACCUCCAGGAGCUAAAAGUCUUGAUGCUUCAGAAAGCAAAGCAAAUGCUGAGUGUGAAGAAAAAAAUGCCAAUGAAGAGAAACAAACUCCAGAGAAAAAUCUUCCUGAAGCUUUCCCUGUCAAACUCCAAACACCCAAAUCUUCACAGAGAAUACAUCAUGUUCUUAAAAAACAAAAUGAAAUGUCUCCCUUUAGUAAACUCUAUGAAAAAGUGAAAAAUGAGCUGAAAGUGGAAAAAUCUCUGCAGAGGAGAAGUUCCUCUCAGCAAGCUGCAAAAGGAGACGCUGGGAGUGCUCCCAUUCCAUCCCAGAGUUGCCCUUUUGAUCUGGGCAGCCUGGCUAAAAGAAGGGAAUCAGGCAGGAUGGAAAAUAUUGAAAAAUGUAUAAUUGUGAGAAGAGAAGAAGAAAACAGCCCAGGUUUUGAGCAGCUGUCAGCUGGGGGGAGAGCUGCCAGGAGGAGUUUUACCAGGAGCCCUCAAGGUCCCGUUUCACAGGAGGUGUCAGCAGAGAGCAGGCAGGGUGCAUUGCAGGAUCCCAAGGGAUUGAGGACACCGGGAAGUUGCAGAGGUGCUGCAGUUACCCCCAGGCCCAGCAGGGAGAGGCAGAGCAGCUCGCUGGUGCUGCUGGAGCAGUGCUGCAUCGAGAGGUUUGAGUGCCCCGUUCAGAGGGCUGCUGCAAUUCCGGCCGUGCUGGGCACAGCCACGGCCACCAGGAGGAGCCCUCGCUCUGCUCCGGUGCCACCUCCCACAGGGAGCCCUGCAGGCACCCCUGGCACCCCUGGCACCCCAGGGCGUGGGGCACUGAAGCUGGAGCCCCUUGCAGAGAUGCCAUCUGCAGCGUGCAGAAUUGAGGACACACAGCUGCCUUUGCCAGAAGAGAAAAGCUUCAAGCAAAGACGCAAUAGCAAACAACAAACACCAGGAAAACCUGCCCAGGAGGUGCUGAAAGAAAUCUGGGAUCAGGCAAACCUGGAGAACUCAGAGGUGGGAUAUUGUGAAACCCCUGCCUCUGUCUCUGAUUCCAAGAGUCCCAGAAGAAGCAGCAGGGAAAGUAAAGAAUUCUUGGGCAAAAGUGCCCAUUCAGAGGCAUUGGCUGCAGAGGGGAUGUUGGCAUCUCCUGCUGGUCAGACACCUGGGAGGAAAAGGGGGAGGCAGAGGAGCUCUGGAGGGCUGGCUGGAACAGCACUGGAGACAGACCCUGCUCAGGAGCAGCACAGCUCAGGCAGAAAGGCCAGGGCAGCUCCAGCAGAGCUGGCCAUGGACAGGAGUCACCAACAGCAGGGUCUGGAAGUCACCAGUGCUGCAGGAGCUCGGAGAGCAUCAGGCAGGAGAUCUGGAAGUGCUGAGCUGGGAGACACCGAGCCUGGCUCAGAAAGCAAAACUUUGGGCCUCUUGCAUGGAGGAGACUCAGGCAAGACAAAAAGAAUCUCUCAGAAGAGGAAAAGUGGUGAAAUGCUCCCUCAGACUUUGGGCAAAAGGAAGAGAGUGUCCUUUGGUGGCCAUCUGAGCCCAGAACUCUUUGAUAAAAGUUUGCCUCCCAACUCUCCCCUGAAGAGAGGAGCCCUCCCUGCCAGGAGGAGCUUACCCCAUGGAACCUCUCCUCGGGCUGUGCUCAAAAAGGCUCAGAGCUUGAGGCUCUUGUUAGAUCAGGAAGAGAAGUCGUCACCCACAGCUUGCCCGGCCCAGCAGCCCCCGGGUGCCUCAGGGCCUGUGCCAGCCCCCAGAGCCCCUGUGGGCUCCCCAUUCUCCAUCUCCCAGCCCCCCACUCCCUUCCCCAUCACAGAGGAGGAUCCUGAGGAGGAGAGUGGUGCCCAGGGGAGGAGCCCCAGAUCUGCUGCUGCUGCUGCUGCCCAGGAUGGCACUGCCAGCUCUGCCAGAGGUGCCCAGCUGCGCCCAAAGGGCUCUGCCAGGAGGAGCAGGGGUGGGGCUGUGGCUGCCAUCAGUGCCAAGAGGAGGAGCGGUGCCUCCAGUGCCAACUUAGUAGUUGCAAAAUCUUGGGCAGAAGUGGUAAAACUGGGAGUGGCAAGACCACAGCCAAAGACUGCUAAAAGAACUGUCCAUAAAGGAAGAGCCCUGAAGAGAUUAAACCACCCACCCAAGACUCCAGAGAGGAAAAUAAAAGGUCACUUCAGCACAGGUCAUGCAGAGUCACCUGCCACCAUAGUUGUAGGCAGAGCCUAUUCCACCACAGUCAGCUCAGCUGGACACGUCCCCAGAGUGGUGAAAAAUCCCAGGCUGAAGCUGAACAUGGACAUGGAUGAAAGUUUCACAGGGGUGCCUGAAAUGUUCCAAACCCCAAAAACUCAGGGAGGACGAGCACUUCCUUUGGCUGCUGCUCAGAGUGCUGAUGUUACACCCCCGUGGGCUGCAGGGGACAUCUCUGACUUGCACACUCCUGAGGAAUCUGGAGAGAUGCUGGUGUCACCAUUAAAUAAUUCAGAUGCUUCAGAGCAGAAGCAGGAGAGCCCAGGCAUAUUCCACCUUCUGGGAGAGGAGUCAUCUCCAUCUGUGUGUGAUGAAACAGCCACAAAAACUCCUGAAAAGAGAAAAGCUGUGCACAAAGAUCCUGGGGAUGGUCUGGCAGUAACUCCAGCAAAACCAGCAGCUCUGGGGAGAUCAGCAGGGAAAAGGAGGACUCCAAAGCAGAAAGUGGAGCCAGCUGAGCUCAUGUCAAGCAAAAGGAAGAUUUUGAGGACCCCUGAGCAAAGGUCAGAAGCAGGAGAGGUUUUGUCAGGUAUCAGGAGACUCAUGAAGACCCCAAGGCAGAAGCCUGAGCCUGUAGAGGCUCUGUCAGGCAUCAAACAACUCUUGAAGACCCCAGAGCAGAAAUUGGAGCCUACAGAGGUUUUGUCAGGCAUCAGACAGCUCUUGAAAACCCCAAAGCAGAAACUGGAGCCUGUAGUGGUUCUGUCAGGCACCAAGCAACUUUUGAAGACCCCAGAUGAGAAGUUGGAACCUGUAGAAGUUUUGUCAGGCAUCAAACAACUCUUGAAGACCCCAAAGCAGAAGUUGGAGCCUGCAGAGGUUCUGUCAGGCAUCAAACAACUCUUGAAGACCCCGGAUGAGAAGUUGGAACCUGUAGAGGUUUUGUCAGGCACCAAGCACCUCUUGAAAACCCCAGAUCAGAAAUUGGAGCCUACAGAGGUUCUUUCAGGCAUCAAACAGCUCUUGAAAACCCCAGAUCAGAAAUUGGAGCGCACCAAGCAACUCUUGAAAACCCCGAAGCAGAAGGUGGAGCCUGUAGUGGUACUGUCAGGCAUCAAGCAACUUUUGAAGACCCCAGAUGAGAAGUUGGAACCUGUAGAAGUUUUGUCAGGCAUCAAACAGCUCUUGAAAACCCCAAAGCAGAAACUGGAGCCUGUAGUGCUUCUGUCAGGCACCAAGCAACUUUUGAAGACCCCGGAUGAGAAGUUGGAGCCUGCAGAGGUUCUGUCAGGCAUCAAACAACUCUUGAAGACCCCAAAGCAGAAGUUGGAGCCUGCACAAGUUCUGUCAGGCAUCAAACAACUCUUGAAGACCCCGGAUGAGAAGUUGGAGCCUACAGAGGUUCUGUCAGGCAUCAAACAACUCUUGAAGACCCCGGAUGAGAAGUUGGAACCUGUAGAGGUUUUGUCAGGCACCAAGCACCUCUUGAAAACCCCAGAUCAGAAAUUGGAGCCUGCAGAGGUUCUUUCAGGCAUCAAACAGCUCUUGAAGACCCCAAAGCAGAAGUUGGAGCCUGCAGAGGUUCUGUCAGGCAUCAAACAACUCUUGAAAACCCCAAAGCAGAAACUGGAGCCUGUAGUGCUUCUGUCAGGCACCAAGCAACUCUUGAAGACCCCAAAGCAGAAGUUGGAGCCUGCACAAGUUCUGUCAGGCAUCAAACAACUCUUGAAGACCCCGGAUGAGAAGUUGGAGCCUACAGAGGUUCUGCCAGACAUCAAGCACCUCAUGAAGACCCCAAAGCAGAAACUGCAGCCUACAGAGGUUUUGUCAGGCAUCAAGCAUCUCAUGAAGACCCCAAAGCAGAAGUUGGAGCCUGCAGAAGUUCUGCCAGACAUCAAGCACCUCUUGAAGACCCCAAAGCAGAAGUUGGAGCCUGUAGAGGCUUUGUCAGGCAUCAAGCACCUCCUGAAAACCCCGAAGCAGAAGCUGGAGCCUGUAGAGGCUUUGUCAGGCAUCAAGCACCUCCUGAAAACCCCGAAGCAGAAGGUGGAGCCUGUGGAGGCUCUGUCAGGCAUCAGGCACCUGCUGAGGACCCCACGGCGGAAGGCAGAGCCACGGGAGGAGCUGGCAGGCAUCAAGCAGCUCCUGAGCACCCCUCAGCAAGAGCUGGAAGCAGUCACAGAUGGAAUUGCCCUGAAAAGGUUGCUGGAGACUCCAGCAGAGAGCAGGGGAGCAGUGAAAGCUGUGGCAGCUGGGAGUGCAGGCAGGAGGAGCCCAAAGCUGAGAUCGCAGCCCCUGGAGGACAUGGUUGGCAUCAGCCGCCUUUUCCACACACCAAAGGAGAAGGCACAGCCUGUGGAAAACACCUUUGGCAUUCAGAGAUUGAUGAAGUCUCCUAAAGAGAAACAUCAGCCAGUGGAGGAUUUUGUGGGGCUGCAGAGGCUCCUGGCAGAGCCCAGGCAGAAAUCUGAUUCUGAAGUGGAUUAUGCUGGUGUGACUGAAAUGUUUGGUACCCCAGAGGAAAUGAAGGUCAGAUCAGUAAAUGUUAUGGAUUCUCAGGGAGAAAUUUCACCUCCUGGUUCUAAUUCCAGUCAUAAACAUGAAGAGAAAGGAGAAGUUUGCCCAGGUGCAGAUUGCCAACAGGACUCAGCUGGUGGAGAGCAGCCUGCCCAGAGAGGCAGAAGGGCCAGGAGGGCUGGAAAUGGUGGCAGCUCCAAGGAGGUGCCAAGCCCUGACAGCCAGGAGGAGAUGGGAGUGAUCACACCUGGAAACAAGGGAAGAGCAAGGAGGACAAGGCCUUGCUUACAAGGAGUUGUUCCAAAGUGCCCUGAUCAGGAAGGGAUUGAUGUUGUUUCAUCUGUGGAACCACCUGGAGCUGCUCAGAGAGCAGGGAGAGGUAAAAGGAAAGAGCUGAAGGAGUUAAAACCUCCAAAUGAACACCUGGAGUCGUGUGUGGAAGAUUCCUCAGUGCUACAAAAAGCACCUGCAGAUACCAAACAGAGUUUGCAGGAGGGCGGCACCAGUGAGGCUGAAGGUGACCCAGGCACCAAGACAGGAGCUGGAAAGGCUCAGAGUGAAACGUGGCAGCUGCAGACAGGUUUGAAUAACCCUGAGAGCAAAGCUGAGGACAGUGGGGAAGGGCUCCUGUCACCGAGGAGGAGGCACAGGGGAGCAGAGAACACAGACCCAGGGAUGGCACCAAGGAGAGGGACACGGGCAAGGAAUGACCGAGGGAAAGCAGCUUCUCCAGGAGACCCUCAUGGAACAAGCAGGAAGCUUCGUAAAGACCCAUCCCCAAAGGUGUCACAAAAACAGGAGCAGGCUUGGGACAAAGCUCCUGAGGCUGUCACAGCACAAGAAUCUGAAAAUGGCACUCAACUUGAACUAGAGGCAACAGAGAGAAGAGUGAAGUCUCUUAGAAGUACGAGAAACAGAAAGCACUCAGCUGAAAUCAAAGCAGACACUGCUGGGGUCGCACUUGAAAAUACACAAAACAUUCAGAAAACUGAGGAAACAUCAAGUGAAACUGAUGCUGAAGCACAAUCCCACGUGAAAAAUAAGAUGAAAGGAUCUCAGGGAUAUGAAACAGGAAAUGCUCAGGAAAAUACAACAGAGGCAGCUCGAAGAUUAAAGGCAGAGUCACCUUCUGCAGAGACAAACAGAAUGCCAGCCAGUGCUCAGAACGUGGAAGCAAACAGGGCUAGAACCAGGAGAGGCAAAAAAAACUCUUUGGAGCAAAAAACUGAGGAAUUUCCUGAAAAUGUGAACGGCCUAAAACCAAUUGCUGCCAAAUGUGAGUCAGAAGUGGCUGAGUGUUGUCUGCAGGAUGCUGUGGGCCCUGUGUGUGGCAGUGCAGCCCCGGGCAGGGAGGGGCAGCCCAGCCCAGGUGCUGCUGACAGGGCCAGUCCUGCUCUGGGCACUCACAGGAGGACCAGGAAUGAACGGGGAAUCCUUAAAGCAAAGCAAACUGAAACCCUGCAGGGCAAUCCAGCACAAAAUAAUGCAGUGCUGCCUAGAAGAGGAAGAGGUAAAAAAGUUAAUUUUCAGCUUGAAGAAAGCAGUUCCAAAGCAAUUGAAGGAAAAAGUUUACCUGAGGGUGAUGAAGGGGUGACUGACAAAGAUAAUCAACGUGAGAGUUCCGAAAUUCCUCCUUCACUGGGAAGGAGGAGCAGGAGGAAGCAACCUGAUUCCAUCCCACAGAAAGCUAGUCCUGCCUUUGUGGGAAAAGCAGCAUCAAGUGCAGAUGCCAGGCAAGUUGUGCAGGAGGCAGGAUCAGCGCUGGGAGCAGAGGACACGGCACCGAGGCGGGGCCGGAGCCGCGGGGCGGCCGCAGCCUCAGCCAGCACAUCCCCCUCUGUCAGAGCCAGGCAGGGGCUGCUCCUGGAGGGCGCUGCCAAACAGGUGCCACUGAGAGAGGAGCAAAAUCCAGCUCUGGGGAAGAAAACUCUGAAUGCACCAGCAAGGGACAGAAGGAAAAAGACGGAUCCAGCAGCAGAGGCAGGUAGUCCAACUCCUCGUGCCUUGUCAGAGACUCAGGAUGAAGGCACUCAGGAAGAACAACAUGUGCCUUUGGAAGCAGGGUCCUGUGCCAAGGAGAAGGCACCAGGAAGGGGCAGAAGGAAGGAAGCUGCUCUGGCAUCACACACAAGCAAUUCCAUCUCUCUGCGAGGGAAGCGCAGGUUGCCCGCAGGUGAUGGAGAAGCAGCUCCCAAAGAAGAGCAGAAUGUUCCCUUAGAAACUUGUGAUCCAUCUGGGAAAGAAAAUCAGCUGAGAAGAAGCAGGAGGAAGGAAAUUGCCCCCUUGGUAGAAGCCAAAAGUUCUGUUCAGGGAAACCAGGUCCUGUCAAAACAAAGUGGUAGGAAAAAUAACAGUAGGGGAGUUCAACAGAGUUUGGACAGUUCUUCCCAAGAAAAUACGGAGCUUGUAAAAGAGAGCUCGAGGCAAGCAGCCACCUCACUGCCUCCUACUCCCACCUCACUGCAGGGUUUGCCAGAAGAUGGUAAGGACAGAAUUCCUGAAGAAAAAAGUAAAGUUUUAAACAUAGCUCCACCUGCAAAAGAAAAUCCAUCAAGAGUGAGCAGGAAGAAAACAACUUCUUCCACUUCUGAAGAAACAAUUUCCACUUCUCUCAGGGGAAAACCCAACCUGCCCAGAGGCAGAGCUCAGAAGAGGGCUCUUCAGGAAAGUGAAGAUGCAUCUGCAGAAGAUGACCCAUGCCAGGGGAGAACAAGGCAGCUGAGAGGCAACAGGAGGAAGGUGGAGGUGUCAGAGGCAGCUGCUCCUGCUGCUCCCCACAGAAGCAGUGACUUGGCAGGCAAUGGCAGCGCUCUGGGAGCUCAACAUUUGAGUGCAGCUCCCACUGGUUCUGGAGAGGAUCAGCCAGGACAGGGCCAGGAUGGUGCCCCUGCUCCCCAGGCAGCUCCCACCUCUGGCAGGAGGAGGCGCCAGCUGCCAGCAGAGGAUGUGCCAGCCAAAAAACUGAAACCAGGGAAUGAUGAAAAUGGGUCUCUGCAAAGAGGAAGAAGAAACAAAACUAAACCUGGAGAAGAGGAUGCAAGGGCAGCUCAGAGCACUGCAGGGAUGGAGAGGAGGACAAGAUCCAGCACAAGAACCAGGAAAUAGCCUAAGAGUCCCAGAACCAGUUUUUAAAUCAAUUCAGUAAUUCCAAUUACAGGAUUUUUUAAUGUGAAUUGAUUUGCACUCUGAUUUUAAGCUAAGACUUUUGGUAAUUCCAUGGUUGCUUUGCAAAAUAUAUUUCUUAAUGUGCCUACAGAUAGACAGUAGAUAUUUCCUUAUAGCUUUGCCAAUAUGUGGUGGUUCCUAAACCAUGGGGUGCUUGUGCAAAGCUGCAAACAUAAAUUCCAUUUUGUUUACCAGUGUUUCUGCCCUUUUUCCUGUUGAUCAGUACAACAAUCAGGAAGCUAAAGCUAUUUUCUGCUGAAAUUUUCCUACGCUUAAAUUUUAUUUUUCGUUGGAGUUCUGUAAAUAUUCUUUUAAAAAAAACAUAGUUGUAUUAGCAGAAGUAUUAUGCUAAAUUUUAAUAAGUUUUUUUAAAAAAAUUCAAUUUGUAUUGAAAAGUGCAGGUUCUGAAGUCAUUAAACUUGUAAACAGUU